GUCAUCAAGGAAAACAGUGUUUCUCCACAGGGAAACACGAGAUGAGUUGUUCACCUUAAUCAGUUUCAUAUCGAGACUGUUGCCUAUUCUGCUGAAGGAAACUUCAGCUUUGAUCUGAUCUGGAGAUGGGGGAACGGUCAUGAUUUUAGUAAGAUGAUCGUACUGUUUGAUGGCUUCUGGGAUUGUUAAGAAAAGUCGCAUUGGACAAGAGAGCUGCCUUUUGAAACUCAUGGAUACUCUUGGAUUUUUCAAGCUCCAUUUGUGUACAUCAUGUGUACAUAUUAACGUGGGAGAUCCUCUUCAGAUCUAUUCAGCAAUCAGGAAGGACUGGUAGUCAGUGAGUGCACCGAUCUAAUGCCUCUUCUGUCACAUCUGUUGACUCAUUUAAAAUAAGUAGAUGUCUUUUGCUUAGUAAGACUCAGCUUUCUGUUUAGAAAAACGUAAAAUUAUAUUUUGGUGAACAUAAAAUUUGGCCACUCAAAAYAUUGUGAAAUCACCCCAUAAAAUUGUUAAAGGUAAUUGGGGCAGGUGAGGAUUUAAAUGGUGUUAACAACUGAGGAACGAGAACAAAAUUCAAAGGUUCAGGAGAAUGGCUUUGCCAGAGGGGUUGGACUUAGCACAACUGGAAAUAAAUCCAACAACGUGGCUAUUAAGACACCCGUUAUGUCCAUUAGCAAGGUUGAUGACAAUGGAACUCAGUGUGAAAUCUCAGAGGUGGAUGAAGAGACUGAAGCUGAUCACACGUGGAACUACUGGGAGGAUGAGGAUGACAUCUAUCAGGAGUUUGAGGAGUUGGACUUUGAUGCCUUGCCAGAUCGCUCAGACACACRGAGCUUUACCUCGAACGAUUCCUUCUACCCCUUGGAUGACUCAGACAUUUCCCACAUUAUCCGCUCCCCAAGCCCCGAGCCAAUCUCCUUCUUCAAGGCCUGCUCCAACAACAACACCAUCAUUGUCAAGAUUAUGAUCAGACAAGGAGUGACUGAAGAAGAAGUGAAGGAGACAGAUCGGAACAAAAGG